AUGGCGCUUAUACAUAGCCACGCCACAAGCGCCACCCUGAUGCACAGCCCCAGUGACGAGGCCUCUCUCUCUCGUCCGCAUCUGUUUGGCGGCCCUACCCAAGUCACGGUGCCACACUUCAGCUAUGCUGCCUGCUGUACAAAACGCUUCAGCCGCCCGAAUCUGUCAUUGUGUCUUGACUGCCAGCGCACCUCCUCGAACAAGCGCAGCAUCACGAAGAGGCUGCAGCGCGAAUUAGAGGCCUCCUGCCGUUUCAUCAAAUACCGUCAGGUUUUCAACAGAAAAUAUGACGCAUGUACUUUCGCAUGGGUGAAAUGGGUCCUUGCUAAUUACAUGCGCCCGAAGCUGCAGACAGAGCGAGAGCACAUCUCUGGAAAGGGCGCGGUGUAUCGCCAGCCUGCUCUCCACGAAAGGACCACUUGCGGCUGUUGCCGAGGGCUCCCGAGCAGCUUCCAGCCUUUAUCGCGGUUCACUAUUUCUGCUUUAGACCAUGCCCUCGCUGACAUCGAUGCCGUCAUCGCGACUGGAAGGACCUCCUGUCGCGAAGAGCUAGGCCAAGAGAGGCCUCGCAUGCCUCACGUGGCCCCAAAUAUUAGUGACAGCUCGCUGUCCUCAAUGGCGUUCGACUCGAUAUGGGCUCGCAACGUGCCGUUGGUUGUGAAUGGCAUUCUUGACAAGCUGCAGGGCUCCUGGACCCCCGAUUACUUCAUUCGCCACUUCGGAAGGGAGGAGGACUGGCCUGACGGCGAGCGUUUCCGGGACAAGUUCCCCGAGCUCUGCAACAGUUUUGCCCUUGGGAUCCCAGAUUCUGCUCAGGAUGUCGCAGCACUGAACGGAGUUUUGAAUUUAGCUUCUUUUUACCCCCUCAACAGCAACAUCCCAGACCUUGGCCCCAAGAUGUACAUCGCGGCCGGGAUCCCUAUCGCUGUCCACGGGACGACGAAGCUUCACCUGGACGUUACGGACACGAUCAACCUCAUGGUGUGGUCAUCAAACCUUUCCGAACGUGGCGCUAUAUGGCAUCUUUUCCCCCCCGAUACCCUCCCCUUGGUUAGAAGGUUUCUCAAAGAACAAGGCUGCACUGCAGAAGAAUACGGAGAUCCCAUCCAUUCCCACAGGGCCUAUGUCACUGAAGAGAUGCUGAUCGCCCUUGAGAAGCAGCACGGUGUUUUCCCUGUCAGGAUCGAGCAGCGCGCUGGAGAUGCCGUGUUCAUUCCAGCUGGGUGGGCUCACCAGGCUCUCCGCGCUUUCCCCAGGGGCUCGUCCACCCUGUUUACAGCGGUGCCUCUGGACGGUCUUGCUCAAGUGCCGGCCCGGCUACAUAAUGACUCGGAGGCCUUCGGUGACGGCCGCUUUGAGAUCGCCCUGGAGCGAUCCUCUCAGCACCGAGAACGGGCCUGCACCAGCUCCAAUGGGACGGCAUGCUGGGGCAGCGUGGACGGGAGGGCUUUAAAGGCGCUCCCGCCAGGCAAAGCGCAUCAGGGGACCCUCCGGCCGCCGAGCCUUGCAAAAAAGAAAGCCCUUGCUCGGGAGGCGGGGGUGGCCUGGUCUCCGGUCUACACCGCGCAGUUUCUGGCCAAUCACCCCGCCACCAGUGCCCGGCGGACAGGGGAGCUGGCGGAGCUUCUAAAUGGCAUUGCCGCGAAGAUGAGGCUUGCUGAAGAGAAACUGCUUGCGAAGAUGGCUCAGCACGGCGACGGUGGCGGCAAUGUUUCUGAUGCCUGCGUUCUCGUCCAGAUGGCCCUGUGCGAGCUUGAGGUCGCCCAGCAGCUGGGCGAGGUGAGAAGGGCUCAGGAAGCCACGGCUGCAGCGGGGGCGGGUGGGCCUCCGAUCCAGCAGCAUAGUCCUGAUGGCGGAAGGUUAGACUAA